CUUAGGCCCCGCAUCCCCGCUGCUGGAAGAACUACCCGGAGUCUGAGAGGCCUCCGAGCGGAGGGCGCCCAGGGCCGAGCCCCAGGGCCGCGGCGCCGGAGCCCAUCCCUCAGGUGCUGCCUGGAGCCAUAUGCCACUGCCUUGUCUGGAUGUUGGACCCACAGUGGGAAAAGGCAGCUGCCUCCAGCAGGUUGGGUGUGAAUGGACCAGGCCUGGGACGGAACCUGUGGGCCUCGGCCCAGCACGGCCAGUGUCCAAGUGCGGGAGCUGAGCUGGCAGGGCCUGCACAACCCCUGCCCACAGAGCAAGGACCGGGGCAGCCAUGGGGGCAGUCACUGCGAGCCGCUGGUGGAGUACCUGUCACCUGCCCGGCUGCAGGCCCUAGCCCAGGUAGAUGACCUCCGACUGGUGAGCAUGCUGGAGAUGUGUGUGAAUACCCGUGACAACAGCCUGGGGACCUUUGGGGUGCAUCUACCCAACCUCCGGCACCUGAAGCUGAAUGGCAGCUGCCUGGGCUCCGUGCGAGACCUGGGCACCUCCCUGGGCCACUUGCAGGUGCUGUGGCUGGCUCGCUGUGGCCUGACUGACCUGGAUGGCAUUGGCUCAUUCCCAGCCCUGAAGGAACUCUACGUCUCCUACAAUGACAUCUCAGAUCUGAGCCCGCUGUGCCUGCUGGAGCAGCUCGAGGUGCUGGACCUGGAGGGCAACAGCGUGGAGGGUCUGGGGCAGCUGCGCUACCUGCAGCUGUGCCCAAGGCUGGCCACGCUCACCCUGGAGGGCAACCUGGUGUGCCUGCAACCCAGCCCCUGCAACAAGGCACCCCAGGGCUACAACUACCGAGCAGAGGUGAGGAAGCUCAUGCCCCAGCUGCAGGUCCUGGACGAGGUGCCGGCCAUGCACACAGACCUGCCAGCCUCCUGGAAGCUGGACCGGGACUGGCUCAUGGUGAAGGAGGCCAUCAAGGAAGGCAGUGUCCUGGACAGCCUGCUCCCCAGGCUGGAUCGUCCCCAUGAAGCACCCAUUUGGGGACUCAGCCCUGAGCUGUCCCUGCCUGAGACCCAGCCCCAGGCCCCGAGGCCCUGGCCCCUCUCCCUGCUGGUCCCUGGGGACCCUGUGCCUAAAGGUCUGCUUCCCGAGGACACAGCCCCAGAGGAUGACACCAGCAACCUCACCCAUGGUGCCGGCCCGGUCCUCUGCGGGAACCCCACCAAGGGCUUGCGGGAGCGCCGGCACAAGUCCCAGGCCUGGGCACCCCCGGAGCAGCUGCCCCCAUAUAGGCUGGAAGACAAGGUUGCCACCCUGGGGUCUGACCCUGCAGACAGCCAUGACCUCCUGGCCUUGGCUGGGCUUCAGGCCUGGAGGGAGCAGUGCCUGCGUAGGUGUCUGGAGUCCCAGCAGGAAGGGAUGGCAGCCCCCUGGGGCUCACAGAGGGGCCCAGAAGAGCAAGAGGGCAAGGCUGUGCCCAACAUCCCCCAGAUUCCCCUGAGCCUGGUUUCAGGUACUGAGAGUGACCCCCCACCUCAGAGCAGCUGGGCCCCGAGUGGCACUGAGCCUUCCAGGAUCUCGGGCUAUGUGCUGCUCCCUCCUCCCCACAAGCUCCCCAGGCCACCCGAGUCAGGCAGUGGCUCCUGGUGGUCCACAGACCUUCAGUUCUGGGGGCGACGGCUCAGAGCCCUGGGCAGCUUGAAGCCUGGCCCGGGUCAGGGGCUGGCUGCAGUGACUGCUCUCAAAGCCCUGGCAGUGGCUGCAGGUCCGAGCCCUCAAGCCCAGGGAUGUCCAGGCCCAACGCCAGCCCCAGGUCCAGUGGUGAGACCCCCAGGCCUCCAGGGCAGGCCACACCUAAGCCCCAUCACCCCAGCCCAGUCCCACCCCUAGUGUAAGCCCCCACCCACUGUCGAGCUGGCCUGAACUGUGGCUACAGGACCCCAGUGUGGUCAUGGGAGCCCCGUGUGAAUUCUGGCCCCAGAUACAGGAGAUCUGGCUGGGUGUGUUUGGGGGCGGGAAGUGGGCCCAACACAGAAAAGGGAGUAGAGUAGUGGGGAAUGGCACUUCCCGAGCUCAGGACAGGAUGGCCCAGGUCCCCCCUUUUGGUCCAGGUGCCUGCUCCCUCCUGUGGCCUGACCUUCCCAGCAGUAGACAGAAGGGCCGGCUGGCAAGAGCUGCAGAUGUUCCCAGGCCAAGGUGGCCAGAACUGGCCUGUUCACUCCCUGGCAGGCCCUUGCUGCCCCAGGACUCAGCCACCAGGCCUCCCACCCCUGGUGGGCUUGAGGGGUUCCCCUGAGAGGGAGGGGCGGCCAGUCCCCCUUCUUGGGGCAGGAUUUUGGGACCCAAGUGAAUGAUUUUCAGCUCUCACGUGCACAGAAAUGCGGUUUACUUGGUAGGAGACGUUGGUUCAAUAAAACACGCAUCUGGCA